CGCCGAGGCGGCCUGCAGCGGCAGCAAGCGGCUCCACGUCCUCAACGGCGUGCCGCCCCCACCGGCACCAGGGCAGGCCACUGCGGCGGCUCAGGCCUACCACAGCGGGCAGGAGGCUCUGGGGGUGUACAGCGGCGCCUGGAGGAGGAGCUUAGCGGCGACGGAGGCCCCCGACUGUCGGCGCGGAGCCAAGCCCAGCCAGGGGCGGCUCCAGGAGGCCAGCGUCGCCCCGAGCCACCCAGAGGAGGCCAGAGGUGCUGCGCGCAGCAUGCGGCGUACGUUCUUCCCCCGCUCGCUCGCGCCCUCGGGCAUGGAGGGCCCGCGGGUUCGCGCAGGCAGCGUCGCGUCUGCGGUUCGCCGCGCCCUGCGGGCAGCGAAGGUUGCUCGGCAGGUCCCGAGCGACCUCAAGCUUCGCAUGAUCGAGGCCGCAGUGCACGCUGCGUCAGGCCUGGGGAGGCUGGCCCGCUCGCAGAAGGGCGUCCUGGACCUCCUGGCUGCGCAGGAGGCGCUGCCGCAGCCCCUGGGCGCCCGCGCAGCCAGGCUGGCCUUCUUUCUCGAGUCGGAUGGCAGCCCAUCGGCGCGCUGGGGGGGGGCGGGGCACGACCACCGCUUCUUUGGGGGCAAGGUGGACCGCGAGCACGAGAAGGCAGGCUGGCGGCACAACGCAUAUGCCGCUCCUGCGUGCGAGCGUGGAAACGCAUCCGUCAGCCUCUACCUGGGCAUCACCAAGCUUUACGUGAGCCUGCGUCACGACUUCCUGAGGCGGUGGGGGGCCGAGCUUGGCGUCGACCUGCGGGCGCUUCGUGGUCUGCGCGUGCCCUGCCAGAGGCCGCGCGUCCUCCGCUUCGUUGGCCUGGCCACCGAGUCGUUCGCCUCCCAGCAAGGGGCGCUGGGCUGGAAGUGGUCCGCCUCCUCCGCGUUCGGCUACCUCCCCCUCAGUGCUGCCCUGGCCGCCGUCCGCGCUUUGAGGCUCCACGGUGCGCGGCGGUCUGGCGGGUGCUGGGCGACGCAGGGCUGGACUCUCUGUAAGACCUUGCAGGCCAGGGACCUCAGCACGAGCACCGCCUUCGCGAGGCAGGGAGUGCAUGGGGGCCGAGUACAAGCUCCUGGGGCCAUGCGCCGCGCGCGCGGGCAGGGCCGCCCCCGCGCCGAGAGCGUGGGGCUGGACUUGAUCCACGAGGCCGGGCCUGCGGCCAGCGCGGUGCGGGGCCGCUCGGGGCACCCGGAGACCGCGAGUUGCGCCGCCGUCAGGCGCAUUGCGGCCGCUGUCUGUGAGUGA